GAGGGACGUCAAACGUCAAAAACCCCCCCGUCAGAAUCAGACGUACGAAAAUGGCGAUCUGGAGCUCACUUGCACGUUCCGCUCAGGUUUCAACCCAGUUUAAUUCCCUGGUGCGGAAUCCGGUGCUGCUCACGGCAACGAAAAAUGCACUUGUGCAGAGUCGCUCGAUGGCCGGACACGGUCCGAAGAUGUUCACCAUCACGCCGUCCCGGUUCCAGUGGCACAAGUUCAAGGAUAUGUUCCACAUGUACAUCAUGGUCGGUUUAAUUCCGGUUUUGGCCGUUGUUUUCUACGCGAACGUUUUCGUCGGGCCGGCUCAGCUGACGGAAUGCCCGGCUGAUUACGAACCGAAGCACUGGGAAUACCACAAGCAUCCGAUUACGCGCUUCAUUGCCCGCUACAUGCUAAACAAUCCACAACAGGACUACGAAAAGAUGCUGCACCAUCUGUACGAGGAGAACGAAAAGUCGCAGAUGUUGGCUCUGGAGGCUAAAAUCCGGGCGAAGAUGGCCGAACGACACGACUACCAGUCGUAUUACUACCGCCCGGCCAUCGGAAAGUACCACCGGGUGGCGAAGGAAGCGGCCGAUCACCUCGAAUCGAUUCGAGGCGAUUAAACGGGGGAAUCACGAGUGUUGGAUGGAAAUGUAGAGUCGAAGCAGUUAAUAUUGUCGAUAUGAAUAAAUUGAGCUCCUAAA